UCAUAUGAUCAUCUUGCUCAGUCAGUCAUAAUUUUUGUUGUUUAAAUAUUAAGACGUUGUAUUCUUCACUAUUAUUCUUCUUUCUAAUAUAGAAUAACAAAACACAAUGGCUAGUGCCAUCGAAAAUGUUGAAAAAGAAACUGAAAAAGUUUUACAUAAAUUCAAAAGUCUUAAAGAUCAUGGCGAUAAAAAUUUAUCAGAAUUGAUACAACAGAUUGAAAGCUAUCAACGAGAUUUAAGCAUAUUGACUUCUCCCGAUUGUCCAUUGACUGAUAUUCAAUGUCAACUUUUGCUUGAUAAUGUAAUCAAAAAGACUCGCAAUACAAUAAGUCAAUUCUCGACCGAACAUCGAGAUAUACAUUCAUCCGUAUCACGGAUUGGCAAAGCAAUAGAUAAAAAUUUCAUUUCUGACUAUGUUUGCGUUGGCAAUGAAUCUCUAUUUGAUCAAGGGAAAAAUAAUGAAAUUCUCAACAAAGUAAUUGUCGAACAUUUCUUACGGCAAGGCCGUUCGGAUAUUGCUGAAAAAUUGAUACAAGAAUCAAAGCUUGAUAUUGAUACGAAUGAUAAGAUUCCCUAUAUUAAAAUGAACAAAAUACUAGAUGCAUUGAGAAAUCGCAAUUUGCAACCAGCUUUGGAAUGGGCUCAAACGCAUCGCGAUCAACUUGUGAAAAGUAAUAGCGAUUUUGAAUUCAAACUUCAUCGGUUGCAGUUCAUUGAAUUAUUGCGCGGUGGCAUCGAAAACCAAUGGAAAUUGAUUACCUAUUCACGAUCACAUUUUACACCGUUCGCUCAAAGAUACCAGGCAGAAAUUAAAGCGCUGAUGGGUUCAUUGAUGUAUCUACGAUCGGGUAUUGAGAAAUCUCCUUAUCAAUAUCUGUUGGACCCAAAUAAUUGGGUGGAAAUAUGUCACAUGUUCACAAAAGAAGCAUGUUCUCUUUUGGAAGUAUCGGUCGAUUCUCCAUUAUCGGUUACAUUUAAUGCUGGCUGUAUUGCAUUACCCGCAUUGAUCAAUAUUAAACAGGCUAUUCAACAAAGAAACGUAAAUGAUGUUUGGAGUUCUCGUGAUGAAUUACCCAUCGAAAUCGAUGUCACACGGAAAUGUCAUUAUCAUUCAAUAUUUGCCUGCCCAAUACUUCGACAACAAAGUUGUGAUUCAAAUCCCCCGAUGCGACUACAAUGUGGUCAUGUUAUAUCACGUGAUGCAUUGAACAAACUAUCCAAUGGAUCUAAACUUAAAUGCCCGUAUUGUCCAGCCGAACAAAAUCCGGCUGAUGCCCGUCUCAUUUAUUUCUAGUUUAAUUCAUAUACACACACUCACACACAUAGAAAUCGAUGUAACUGCUUCAUUGUUGUAAAUACAAAAUUCGAAUUCUAUUCACUGAAAAUGAUGACCAUUCUUUCAUUUGGAAAUUUAGUUAGAAAUUUUAUUAAAUUCAAUACAUUCAUCUUGAAAUAAAUCGCAAAUAACUUGCAAAGUACAAAUUCUAUUCUCA